CGCCCCGACCUUCCUCGAGCCCUACCAUCCAUGGCCGACGCCAAGGCCGAGGCGGCGGCGACGCAGUCCUCGCAGGAGGAGGAGGAGGACUGGAAGGAGGCCGAGGGGGACGUCGAGGUCUCCGACCGGGCCGCCGGCAAUGGCGCUGCCGGCACCGAGGGGAUCACGGACCGGCCGAUCCGCGUCUACGCCGACGGCAUCUACGACCUCUUCCACUUCGGCCACGCCCGCUCCCUCGAGCAGGCCAAGAAGUCGUUUCCUAAUGCAUAUCUUCUUGUCGGGGUCUGUAAUGAUGAGUUGACGCAUCAAUUCAAGGGAAGAACUGUCAUGACAGAGGAAGAGAGAUAUGAAUCACUUCGCCACUGCAAGUGGGUUGAUGAAGUCAUUCCUGAUGCUCCAUGGGUGGUAACAGAAGAGUUCUUGGAUAAGCAUAACAUUGAUUUUGUUGCACAUGAUUCUCUGCCGUAUGCUGAUGCUAGUGGAGCUAGUAAUGAUGUCUAUGAAUUUGUAAAAAAACUAGGUAAAUUUAAGGAGACCCAGCGCACAGAGGGGAUAUCAACCUCAGAUAUUAUAAUGAGGAUUGUUAAAGAUUAUAAUGAGUAUGUUAUGCGGAAUCUUGCUAGAGGGUACAGCAGAAAUGAUCUUGGUGUCAGUUAUGUGAAGGAAAAACGACUAAGAGUUAACAUGGGAUUGAAAACAUUGCGUGACAAAGUGAAGCAGCACCAAGAAAAAGUAGGGGAGAAGUGGAGUACAAUGGCAAAACUCCAGGAAGAGUGGGUUGAAAAUGCAGAUCGCUGGGUUGUUGGUUUUCUAGAGAAAUUCGAGGAAGGUUGCCAUUCAAUGGGAACUGCCAUCAAGGAAAGAAUCCAAGAAAGACUGAAGGCGCAAUCUAGGGACUUCAGCCUUUUGCAAUAUGACCAAUACGACAGUGACGAUGAUGAUGCUGAUGACGAUGAAGAUGUCGAGGAAGACAUUGCGAAGGUUGUCAAACUUGUGAAAGAUUAGCACCAUUGUGAAAUAUACACCAGGGUAUAAUACGGGCAUGCAAUGCAUGUUGGAAUCAUCAACAACCAAGUCCUUCACCAUGUGUUGUCAGUAGUCUCUUUGAUGGUGAGCUUCACUGUCAAGGUAGAUCUGUGUGCUGUGUUUGUAGCGGUAUUUGAUGUUUAUUCUAGGCAGCAGCAGCGUAUGCUUGUAAAAGUUGUACUAGAAAACAUAAAUAGUAUGUAUUUGUUUGGAGGAUAUUGAUUCCAUUUCUGUUCUUAUAUUAAAAAGAUCUCGUUCGUUCUGUA